CUUCCUGGUUUCUCAUCACUUUUGCACAAUGUAUUUUUCAACAUGUAACUGCAAGUGUUGUCUCCUGCACAGCAGACAAGAGUAACAGCUUAAGCUAUGUAGUGUGUUCUUUUCAUUUGAAAUAAAACAUGAUUUAUAAUAAGUUCAUACUCCCAGGCUGCUGAUCCUGUUUCUUCGCCUCAUUCUCUCCUUGCCCAUGCAAAGUGCUCACGAGAUGACUCCUGUGAGUGAACCCUGCAUAUGAACUUAUACAAGUUAACUUAAUAGAUCUGGAAGCAUUUGAAGUUAUUGUAGCCACAUCCUGGAGGAGACCUGUUUGCUGAGGGUCGUAUCUAAUGCGUAAAACCAAAGAGCUGGGCAGGACGCAGCGGUGUGGAGAUGAUGAUCAUGCUGCAGCCACAGCUUCCUGUGAGGGGUGUAUAAAGGCUGGUCGGGUCCGGCUCAUCUUCUCAUCAGCCCCCCUGCAGACCUGCCGUCCCCCCAGAGCAUCACUGCAGCCCCAGCCUGAAGAGCGACAUGAAGCCCCUGACCCUCCUGCUGGGCUUCACGGCUCUCCUGCACUCUCUCACCGGCGCCGCAUCUUUCGAUUCAGGGAUCAUCAAUGGAAAAAAGGCUCAGGGUAAUUCUCUGAGUUACAUGGCAUCUAUACAGAUGAAUGGAGAGCACAAAUGUGGAGGAUUUCUGGUCAAAAACAACUUUGUGAUGACUGCAGCCCACUGUAACGUCAGUGGCAAGGGUCUUACUGUUGUUCUGGGUUCCCAUAACCUCAAUGAGGUUCAGGAUUCUCAGAGGUUCUCUGUGGCGUCCAUCACCAGACACAACAAGUACAGUAGGAAAUCUCUUCAAAACGACAUCAUGCUCCUUCAGCUUAAAACCCCAGUUAAACUGAAUAAAAAGAUGAAACUGGCCACGCUCCCAAAAAAAGAGAAGUUGCUUAAGAAAGGAACCAAAUGCAUAGUAGCAGGAUGGGGUGCGACCAAAACUGAGAAACCGUCAACCACCAACCUUCAGGUCGUCGAUGUGACCGUAGUGGACAAAGAAGAGUGCAAAAAUAUCUGGAAUAAAUUCAAAAUCGAAAUAACGGCCAAUAUGAUCUGUGCUGGGGGCUAUAAAACAGACAAGGGCGCCUGUCAGGGGGAUUCCGGUGGUCCUUUGAUGUGCAAUGGCGUGGCAACAGGAAUCGUUUCAUUUAAUCGUCAUGGAAACUGUCUCUAUCCAGAUGUUCCAAAUGUUUACACAAGCGUUUCCAGCUACCUGCCCUGGAUCAAGAAGAUUUUGAAAAAAGCAAACUGAAGUUCUCUAGUGCGUGCAUGAGCACAACUUUUGGCUUGAGCAAGUUCAGCAAAUUAAAAUGCAUCUUUGAGUAAUUAGAUUUGUUUUUAUUAUUUUAUAGCUGCUUCGAAUCAGCCAACAAUGUGGUUUGCUUUUGUUCUGUAUUAAUGUUCCUCUGUAAGAAAAAUGUUGUCAUUAUAUAGCAAAUCAAUAAAUAAAUGCAAUUAUACAAUCUGAAUCGAUGUCAUUAAUGAAGUUAAUGAAAUCAAUC